AUGGUCACUCAAGAAGAGCGCAAUAUCUUGCGCGCAGAAAUCCGCUCUCGCGGCAAUAAUCUCUCCGCUGCAGAUCGCGAGACUUUGAUCAAGCCAUACCUGCCCGAUCCUGCCGACUUGCCCCAGACACGGUCCAGAGCAUCGACCGCGAACUCCUCAUCCCACUCGCGGCGCCAGAAGGCUCGCAGGACGCCAAUCCGCACAUUCGUCAAGUCACAGAUUCACCACCUCACCUACGCUCUCACUCACAUCAUCUUUGGCAUCAUCGUUCGCUUGCUCCAGGCUUACCAUGCCAUUGUCGACCGAGUCUUUGCCGUCGUCUACCACCAUCACCGUACACCGGAGCUAAUCCGCAAGGAUGUCCGGGGAUUGAAACGAUUGCCCCAGCACCUUAGUAUGAUUUUAACAUUGCGGACCGAAGACGAUGCGCUAGCGGUCUUAAUGGAUGAGGUGGCUGAAUUGACGGCUUGGAGUGCUUGUGCGGGGAUUUCGCAGCUCAGCAUAUAUGAGAAGACAGGUGCCUUGAAAUCCUGUAUUCCAGCUCUGCAUCAAAUCAUCACCACCAAGCUCGCAUCCUACUACGGCUCACCCUCACAGCAGCCUUCCUUGCAGCUCUUUGCACCCCACCAUGCCGUCUAUGGUCCCACCUCCGAUUCCAAGUCCGAGGUGCCUCCCCUGACACUUCUUCUUCUCUCCGCUACCGAUGGCCGCGAGACCAUGGUGGAUCUGACCAAGACCCUCGCCGAGAUGUCCCAGAAUGGAAAGCUGUCUCCGGAGGACAUCACCCCAGAGCUAGUUGAUGCAGAACUCAGCGAAAUUACCUCCCAGCCACUUCAGCCCGAGGGGAGGUCAGAUCGUGUCCCAGCCAACAUCAUUAGUCCCGAGCCUGAUCUGUUGCUGAUCUUUGGACCAUACUUGAAAUUGGACGGAUACCCGCCAUGGCAGAUCCGCCUCACCGAGAUGUACUGCACCGGAGAUCGCAGCCACGGAGUAGGCGGAUAUGGAGAGGCUGUGGAAUACCAAGGUUUCAUGCGGGGUUUGUGGCACUACGCUGGAGCUCAAAUGCGUUUUGGACGGUGA